AGAACAAGGUUAAGGCUAGCUGACUUGGAUCAUCUCUGAGAUUUUAGAACAAAUAACCAUUGCCAAGUUUGAAUGUGCUAAACCUUUAGGCUUUCUUGGCAAGAGAUAAUUAUAUUAUUUUUGGAGCUUAGAAAUGGAUACAGAAGACAUGGUUUUGGGUAAAUUAGGUCAAAUAUUAAAGCAGAUUUGGAGACAAAACCAAAUGUUGAAGCAGGCACUGCUGGGUGACAAGCUCUGUGAGAUGGCUGGUGGAGCCACUUGGAUAUCCACGGUGAUCUUUUUGGGCCAAGGGCUCAAUGCAGCCCUUCAUCAACUGUUGGAACACACUGCAGGCACCUUUCAGUCCACCUGCCAGCAGCUGUAUGGACUACUUGACAAGGAUAAUCAAUGUAUCUGGAGACAAGAAAUUAUUGCUUUCACAGACCGCCUCAUGAAAGUGAAUGAACAUUUGGGGAACACUGCUAUGCUUCUAAGGGAAGAAGAAAAGGAGAUGUGUAAUUUAUGCAGCAUGCAUGCGGACCGUACUCCACAGCACACAAUAUCAGCCAUUCAAGAUACCAAAGCAACAGACAUUGCUCCAAGCAGGGAACUAAAUGUCAUGGAGACAGCUACUGUUUCUCCUACAAAUGCAGGGGAAAGUCAUUACACAAACCAGGUCCAGUUAAAAGAAAAUGAAACACAGAUAUACUCUGAAUUAGGGGGAAAAGAAAACAGUGCAUCAUUGAGUGGAAAUGUAAUAGGGCAAGAAGAGUCACAGAGCACAGUGUUCCCUGAUAAUGCAGAAAAUGAAGAUGAAAAACAAAUAGAACACAUGACUGCUGAGAACAUAAAUGGCAACAAGGAAGACAUUCAUGAUGUAAUCCAGACAACAGCAGGGGAAACUCGAGAGAUCUCAGAAAGCCAAAGAGAAGAGAUUACCACAUCCCCAACAGCAUGGGAUGUCUCCAGUAAGGACGUGAAUAGUCUUCAUAAUGAGUCAGAGAGUCUAAAACAAAAGUGUAACAUAAUGGAAAAGGAGUAUCUUGAUGUGCUCCGUGGUGGGACUGACCCUCAAGUGUCUUGUUACAUCACAGCACCAUCGCAUGUCCUGCAUCAGUUAGAUUGCCAGAUAGCUAACAGCAUGAGCUCUUUUAUAGUGAGUGAUAGUGAAGAGCUGGUCAGCAAUGUCAUCACUGUUCAAUGCUCAGAUAAGAAAAAGAAAAUUCCAUUCCCAAUAUGCAUUGCAAUUCCAUUCAAGGGAAGCUACAAGGGAAAUUAUAGAGACAUCAUGGUGAAAAUGUCUGACACAAACUUUCAAUCAAGUUACCUAACUCCAAAUUCAUUGGAAGGAAUGAGGGGAAGUUACAAGGGGACUUGUGCUGCAGUGAAUGUUUACAAGUUGGGUAUGUUUUCAGUAGUGUCGUGUUUAAAGAAACAGUCUUUUACGGUGACAAAAAAGGGGCUCACUCUGAAGUCAAGCGUGGAUGCCCGGGUAUCCUUCAGCUAUCCUGCAGGAGUUUUCAGCUCACCAGUGCUUGUACAAUUAAAGAUCCAGCCAGUUGACCCUUCUCUGGUGUCAUAUUUAAAAGCACAUCAAGAUUCUUCCUAUUUAGUUCAGUCCACAAGUCCUCUUAUCCAUACCCAGCAUCCAUCAACUCAUUCCUUUCAGAAGCCAGUAACAGUGUUCCUCCCUUGUUCUCCUCUCCCUGAGUCUGAGAAGGAUCACAGAAGACCAGAGAGUACCACCAUGCACAGGAGCCUGCCCACACCCUCGUACUUCAACAGGACCAAGAGUGCCUCCAUCAGAAAACCUGGUAACAAUGCUUGUGAAACGUUGAAAUUACUAGGAUUCAGAAGCAGAGAUGGUGGUUGGUUUGGGAUUGAUGAUGUUGUGGUGAGAACUGUUCAGAAUGGCUUGGUGUCUUUCGAACUGUGUGAACACUUAGAGAGGUUUAUUGUGCUACAGUUGUCUUCCACAGUGGACAACAGCCACUUGGUGUCUUUUGUGAAGUCUUUAGAGGAAGCCUCACUCAGCAUCACUGCCUGCAUUGUAUUGUCACACCAGAAGGAUAAUCCACAUAGAGUGGUUAUUUUAGUGGUACCUUCUAAGGAGUUAAAUCUGGCACUGAAGAACUUGCGCUCAGAAGGGUUUGGAGGACUUCCAGAAUCAUCUAGACAUUUCCAAGUAAGAGAAGGAGAACAACUUCUUUUAAGGUUUACUGGAAACAUAUUUGGCUCAAGCAAUGGGAAGGAUUAUGAGAAAGACUACAAACUCAUUUUCCACCUACAAAGGAAACCCAGGCUAGAACUCCACAUCAAAGAGGUGGAUGAAUUUGGGAACUAUAGCUGCCCCCAUUAUAAAGGCACCAUUGUGGUCUAUAAAAUACCAAGAGAGAAGAUUGUCCCCAACUUGGAUCAAUCCCUUCCUGAAAAUCUUUACCAGUCACCAGUUUGUAAAUUACCUUUGAAACUGCCAAAGCAUGAAAAAGUAAUCAACCGUCCACAGAGUACCAAAAGAGUGUCUACAGACCCGCUAGAGGCUCUUUGGGAUAACUUACUUCAUUGGCUGGCUGAGGAGCUCUCUGAAGAAGGUGUUGAGGUGCUCGCCUCGUCCCUCCCUCUGCGCCGCAGCACAGUUCAGCUCGUCAUACUCAAGCACCCCGAUGAUCUGACAGAGCAGAUCCAUGAACUGCUUUGCUCCUGGAAACGAUCGCUCCCGACUUCCAUGGACAAAAUUCGCCUCCUGGCUCGUCAUCUUCGCAAACUGGGCCGGGGUGAUCUUGCAGAAGAGCUCAAACUUAAGUGGGAACAUAAGGUAUUCACAGAACCUCAGCCCUGGUUUGAUGUGACUGACGAAUAAUGGUGCCCUCACCAUUCCUUUACCCUAGAAAAGGGUGUCAGCUUUUUCCAGUUAUCGAGUAAGACUGUUUGAAGUGAGGCUGUUUGAUACUCACUACUGAGAAAUCUAUGGAAACAAAGGGGAAUCCUCUGUUAACUAAAAGACAUUUGGGGUUUCUGCACCUUCAAUGAUGACUGACAUGUUUUCUGCAACCAACAGCAUCAUGGGUUCAGCUAAGCUUAAAGGCAUUUGCAGUAGAGAUUUCCCAGAGUCUUAGUUAGGUUUUCUAUUGCUGAGAAGAGAUACAAUGACCAUGGCAAUACUUACAAAGAAAAACAUUUCAUUGGGGUGGCUUAUAUUUUUUGAGGUUUAAUUCAUUAUCCUCAUGAUGCAACAUGGUGGUGUGUAGGCCGACAUGAUGCUGGAGAAGUAACAGGCAGUGGUCUGAGACACUGGGCAUGGCUUACGAUAUAUAUAUAUGAUCUCAAAGGCCACCUCCAUACUGACAUACUUUCUCUAACAAGACCAUACCUACUCCAAUAAGGCCACAACUCCUAAUUGUGCAACUCACUUUGGGAGCACCUUACUUUCAAACCACCACACCCAGUUUACAUUUCAAUAGCUAAGGUUGUUUUCUAAGUGUGCGGUAAAUAUAUAAUAUACUGAAUGACCUUUAAACAAUUGUUAUAUAAAACAACUAGUCGUUCAUGACUACAUGCACCCUAUUCCAGUUACAUGAUGAUAGAAGCCCACAUAUGACAUGUGAAAUAAAGGGUGCCAGUGAUGGGCAGGCAGUAACAAGUCUCUUUUAUGAAGUGGAAACUCUUAAAAUAAAUUAAUAGUAUAAAAUCACUUCAGACUCUCACUGCCAAAAUCUCUUUUAUAACAAGUUCGCUUAGAAUUGGUGAUUUUUUUUUACUCAUUAUUAAGGAAAUGAAGCAAUACAGAAAAAAAUGAAGUUGUGAAAAGUAACCCAAAGUCUCUUUCAGUUCUUUAAAGAGGGUGAUUAUUACACAGAGAAAUCUUAUUGCAUAAAUGCUGGGGUUCAGGGCAGGAAAGGAGACACAAUACUACAGACUGAGAUAUUCCCUUCAUUCAGGACCUGGAGUCAGGUCAAACUGGGGUUCACAACUUCAACACAGCAAAGAAGUUCAUAACUAGCCAGUGUUAAGCAAAAGUGGCAUUUACUUAAGAUACUUUAAGGUAGACAUUAGCAUGAGCAUUAAGAGAGAAGAGAAGUGCCCAGGAGGAAAGCAACCCAGAUAGCACAAUGAGGACUUCUCUAAGAUAGUCACAAUUGACUGCCUUCAAUUUUAUUAGUCAAGAAAUAUUUUUGCAGAACACCCAAAAGCUGCAAUGUGUAUUUUCUUGUGUUCUUGAAGUGAAGAGAACAAAGUGAAAUAUUUAGUGCUUUUCUGACUUCAUAAAGAUUUCAUGUCCGUUUUAUUCUGCCACUAGAGCUUACUGUCACAGAUAUGAAAUGUUUCAGGUGUCCAACUCUCUUCCAAGAAAAAUAUUUUACUUUUAUUCAUAGGAAUUUAUUUUUGCACACUCAUACAUGCUUAUGCAAACCCCCAUGCACACACAAGUCUCCUAAUAUACAUGACCUCAUUCACUCAUUCCUUAACCCUACUCAUCUCACCAGUGUCUGCACACACAUACACACACACUCAAGAACAUUCAUAAGUACAUGUUGUGGACUAUUUGUUGACAAUGUGUUUCAUUCUUUUAUGCUGUGGAACAUUUGUUUAAUGAUGCGAAAAUGUGUUGCAUUCUUUUAUGUUGCAUUUGUUUAAUUCUGUGAGGCUAUGUUAUUCUGCCUGUCUAAAACACCUGAUUGGUCUAAUAAAGAGCUGGAUGAUGGCCAAUAGCUAGAUAGAAGAAAGGGUAAGUGGGGCUGGAAUGCAGAGAGUAUGCAUAGGAGGAAAAGAAGAGGAGAAAUAUCUGGGAGUGAUAGGAGAAGGAGAGGAGGACAUCAGGGGCCAGCCACUCGGCUACACCGCAAGUGGCAGAGUAAGAAGUAAAAAAGGUAUUUAGAAAGGAGAAAUAUGAAAGCCCAGAAGUUUAAGGUAAACAGAAUAAUUUGAGAUAAGAAAAGCUGGAUGGAAGCAAGUCAAGUUAAGGCUGUGCAUUCAUAAGUAAGAAUAAACCUCCAUGUCAUUAUUUGAGAGCCUGGUGAUGGGCCCCCUCAAAGAGCCAAAGAGUAAAACACCAAUGACAAGCACACAUAUUUUCACACCUCUCACAAUCUCACUCUUUAACAUACCAUUUACUUCAUAGUCUGACACCUGUGUCUGAAUACUGUAAACAACAUACAACUUCCACCUAUUCAAACACAUUUUUCAUAUACAUAAUCACAUAUACACACAUGGCUAUAUUAUCAAAUGUACUUGGAUACUUUGAGUCACAGUAGAAUCACAGGCAUAUCCUUUCACAUGUAAACUAUUCCCACAGCUCAUACACAUAUUCAUGUAUUCUCUCUCUCUCUCUCUCUCUCUCUCUCUCUCUCUCUCUCUCUCUCUCUCUCUCUCUGUCUCACACACACAAUCUUGACCUGAACACUUAUGUUUUCACACACUCUCCUACAAAAUCUACUUUUGCUCUACCUCUUUUUCUCUUGCAUGCAUUUAAAUACACAUUUGAAAGGGAAAUAUAUAUAUAUGUAUGUAUAUAUAUACAUACAUCACUUCAUACAUGAAGACAGAUUUUCCACUGUUAAAACAUUUCUCACACUAUUGUAGCAUUAAAACAAUAAGGAAGCACAUAAAACAGUGCUCCACAAAUCCCUAUAGCCACACCCCAGCCUUAUGCACCUGCCAUCUGUCUGAUGUGCUGACCUAUGUGGAUCACAUUAGUAGAAUCACUGGCUUCCAUUUGGGAUUGCUUACUGGUGAGAGCUAGAAGAGACUGGACCGAGGGACAGGAGAGAGUUACACUAUGACCCUCUUUUCCUUCCUGUGGUCAUGACUGUAAAGCUGUGUCUCUUAUCUAAACUGGUCUCCAGGAAAUCAUAUUCCCCUGGGUUUUGGUAAUUGUUUUGCUCCUUUCUUUAGGUCUGGAGCUUGCACUAGUUUCCUUGUGAGGAACAGCUGCACCAUCCCGCCUGCUUGCCACGCAUUCCUCUUUUCUUUUAAGACAAGGCUUCUUGACUUAUUCAGUUGUCCCAUCUGUGUCUUGUUGAAAUCUGAACCAAUGUAUUUGUACAACCUCACCUCCCACUCUAGAAACCUGCCUGUAUAUUUCUACAACAAGAAGAGUCAUGUAUUUCAUACACAAUUUAUUGUUUCAAAAAUUAAUGUCUUAUUUAAUUAUGUACAUUUUCAAUGCCUUUAAGUGUUUUACAUGAAAGAUCACAUCAUAUCAUAGUUAAUUUUUAAAAUGUUUAAACCAAAAUGCAACAUGUAUUCAUUGAGAUUUGAGUUUUUAAUUCACCUUUAUGUUGAUGAAAUACAUUAAUUUUGCCAUAUAUGGCUAUGGUUUGUUCAUUGACAAUAUUUCAUUAUGGGAAAAAAUGAAAUUAUGCAUAUAUUCUUUUGCUAAUACUUAUUUUUUUGUUUUUCAAGGGAUUAUCUGUGUAGCCCUGGCUGUCCUGGAACUUGCUUCAUUGACUAGGCUGGCCCUUAAAUCACAUAUAUCAACAUGCCUCUGCCUCCCAAAUGUUGGGAUUAAAGGCAUGCAUCGCCACCACCUGGAAAAUUAUUCAUAUAUUCUGUUGUAAAUUGGCAUUGAAAUAAAUUAUACUUUCAGAUUGUCAUAUACAGCGCUAUAAUAAAAAUUCUUGGAAUACUUUUUGAAAUAUA